GCUUGAAGCGCCUUCUCAAGGCUUAUCUGAGGACACACCGGCAUGCAAGCCUCCUGGCCUGUGACGGUUGUGAUCCCUGUCCUGCUGAGCUGGAAAGGCUCGCAGCUCGAUGGUUUGUAUGCCAAUCAGAGUCAGUCCCAUGGCUGCCGGCGUGGACGAGCCGGUAGUCGUUCACGAUUCUCGCGGGUUUCGCCAUUUGGCUUCUGCAAUCAGUUCGGGCAUUGUUGCUUAUUGUGCCAAUCCAUGACCUCAGCUUAGCUUUUUACUUACCGGGCUAGGCCUUGUGAGCAAACCUGCCGCAUCAGGUAUAACCUGAAGAAGGGAAACCAGUUUUUCCCCGGCUACAACCCGGGGAAAGGGGAGGAGGGCGUCGGAGGCUUUCGAUAUAUGUCUCCGUGGACUUCCAUUGCCCAACCAAAGU